AUGGCGGGUUCGCGAGGGAUCGCAGAAGAAAAACAGAAUGGUCCUCGGACACGCAGCAGCAGUCGUCGACGCAAGAUCAAAGCAGAGUUAGAGGCCCGCGACCGGAACUCCAAAGAAGCAUGGGAACUUCAGCAAGAACUGCUGAAGGAGGGUGCGAGCUCUUCUUUAAUGGAGGCUGCACGCCAGCUGUUGCAGACGGAGCACUACCAAGCUGUUGUGGAGGAAAGGUCUUUGGAUGGCCUUUGUGGCUAUCCACCUUGCAGCAAGCCCGCUCAAGCGUUGCCGGCACAGCAGCGAUGGUCGGUAAGUUAUGGUUCCAGGGAGGUGAUUAGUGCCGAAGAGCUCCGGAAGUACUGCGGCCCGGAUUGCAGAAUGGCGAGCUCCAGGUUCUGCACCAGCUUGCAGCCGGAUCCCGUGUACAUUCGGCCGGAUUCUGCUGUGUUGCGCGCGAAGCAGGCGAUUGCUGGACGACAGCCUCACACAGAACAGGCAGAGACCACAGCGGAGCCGAAGGAGACGAAAGUCAGAGGAACGCCAGAGCAGGCAGAGCCGCCAAAGGUUCGCCCUCGGGCGGUCGUCCGAUUCUCUCGGGAGAAGCAGGUCUACACCGUCCACUACCACGAGUACGACGGUGGCGGUGCACUGCCAGACGUGCCCCCCAUCAAAGACGAACCCCUCGAUCCCGGCCGCGCCCGAACGCGAUCGUUGGUGCGGGAACGGCCGACGGCCGACGACGUCGCCGAGCAGGAAGCCAGGUCGCCCCAGGAGCUGAAAGAGCCGUCUUCUGAUCCGGACGACGACGCCGCUGGUGACGAGAGCGAUGCGGAUGACGACUUCUACGAUCCGAGUGUGAAGCUGGAUGGCAAGUCGGAGCUUGCAUGGGUCAGGGCAUGGGGAAUCCUGAGCGCUUGGCUAAGCGAGCCGGCCAGGGCCCUGCUGGCAGGAGCGCGAGAGGAGGGUAUACGGGAGGAAAGGCGGCCCGGACACAAGGGUCGGCGAGACCUCCUCAUCGAGCUGCUGACCUCCCGACUUCCCGGGGAGCUGUCCUUUCUCGCAGGGCGCUUCUACGAGCUCGCCUCCGCUUUGUCUGUCCACCAGACCUUGCCUUCCGUGACCGAGCACCGGCUCUACGACCUGCUUGCAGCCAUCUUGAUUCGACGGCUCUACGAGAGCGACGCCGCAACAGGAUUGCAGCCGGACAGCUACGUCCUGAAAAGAUUGAAUCACCAAGUGGAGGAAGCUGCGAAAGCCUUCGGCAUCAGCGAUCAGGAGCUCCAAGUGCUGCUGCAACUGGUGCAAGGAGAUGCUGCCCGCUGCUGCAAAGUUACGAUGGCACUUCGGGCGCUUCGAGGAACCAGGCAGCUGCAGGCCGCACUCUCCUUGAGACGCGGUGGAGGUCAGCUGCCGCUCCCGGCCGUCAGAUGGCACAAGACAGUUGCUGCCGAUGACGGCGCCGAGAAGAUCAGCUUCCACUUCAAGCUCCGCGACGGCUCUCGCAAGACUGUCUCGGUGCCUUCAGGGGUCACAGUGCUGGAGGCUGCACACAUGAACGAGGUUGACUUGGAGGGUGCUUGCGAAGCAUCAUUGGCUUGCUCCACCUGCCACGUCAUCCUCAACACGGACACCUACGAAAGCUGCGGUGAGCCUACUGAGAAGGAAGAGGACCUGCUGGACCUUGCACCCUGUUUGACACCCACUUCGCGGCUUGCAUGCCAGGUGGUCGUCGACAAGAAGCUACAGGACCACGAGGUGACCCUGCCGGCCAUGACCUUGAACUUCUAUGUAGAUGGUCAUGUUCCUACGCCUCACUGA